AUGUCGCGCGCUCAAAAUGGAUGUCGGGGCGGUGGUCGUGGAACCAAGGAACCACUCCUCAUUGACGCGGUCAUUGGCAAAGUGGUUAAACGCAACUGUCGGAACCUAUCCGCCGCCUGGAUAGACUACAAAAAGGCAUUCGACUCGGUGCCUCAUACAUGGCUGAAGAGGGUCCUCGAGCUGUACAAGGUUGACUGUACAGUUAGAGACUUCCUCGGGCAGUAUAUGGGGCAGUGGAGUACGAUUCUUUGUCAUCUAGGCGAGCGGAUGACGGCUGCGGAGAACCACAUAAGGAUAAGAAGGGGUAUCUUCCAGGGCGAUUGUCUGAGUCCAAUCUGGUUCUGCCUCUCUCUGAACCCUCUCAGUACCUUACUGGAGGGCUCCGGGAGGGGAUUUCAGCUUCGGAGGGGAGGUACAAAAGUGACCCACCUUUUCUAUAUGGAUGAUCUCAAGUUAUUCGCCUCCAGUCGCUCUCAUCUUGUGGAAUUGCUAAACAUCACUUGUGAUUUUAGCAAUUCUAUUGGAAAGGGGCUGGGGACGGAUAAGUGUGCAGUCCUCCAUGUUGAAAGGGGAAGGGUUGCUAACUCUGAGGGCAUAGAUUUAUCUAUGCCCAUCAACAUAAGGAUCCUUUCCGAGGCUGAAACAUACCGAUACCUGGGUAUGUCACAGAACAUCGGUGUUGAUGAGGCGGGUAUGAAACAGUCAGUUUGCGAUGUGUUUUAUGCACGCUUGACAAAAGUGCUUAACAGUCUUUUGUCCGGUGUGGACUCAGACCGAACUAAACGCUCUGGACAGAAAAGUCCGCACUAUAAUGACGUCCCACAGGAUGCAUCAUCCGAGAUCGUCAGUAAUGAGGCUGUACUUGCCGCGGAAGCAGGGUGGGCGCGGCUUUUUAAGCGCGCUUACCAUGCAUAA